ACAUAACGAACCCAAGAAUCAAUCUAAUUCCCUUUAUAGACAGUCCUGAUUGCAAGCAGAUGUAUAUGUUGCUUGCUUGCUGUUGUAGUUAAUGCGCAGUCUUGAAUCCUGCUUACAUAACCGACUACAGCUUUGAGCUUCCGUUUGUCGGAAACUCUUCAAUCUCCGCUUUCUUCUCGCAACUUCAGCUCUGCAUCACGCAUCCUUUCUCCCGCUCAAGAUGCACGGAAUGACGAUUAGUGCCCCGGUGCGCAAUGCCGUGCUGGGUGGUCGCUUGUCUUCGGCCGCUCUGGGGCCACUCGCCUCGAGCCCAAUGACCUCCCAAAAGACCUCAUGGAAGCAACACACACGACCGGUCAGCACCUCGUCCACACAGAUCAAUGGCGUCUCUGCCCCCGCUACUGCAUUGAAGGCGACACCUCGACCACAGGCAACAACGGCUUCCCUCUCGCCUGUCCUCCAGAGUACCUCGGUGCGCGCCAACUCGACCUCGUCGGAUGUAUCGGGCAGAGAAGAGGCGAAGAAGCUGGACUGGAACUCGUUCUUCAAGCUCCGUGCUUCUCGUCGCAGAUACUCGCUUGCGUCGUCCAUCGCCACCUCGUUGGUCAGCACUACUGCUGGUGUCCAGUUUCUCUCGACUCAGGAUCUUGAGGGUCUCGGUGCGCAGGUGAUGGGUCUGGACCCAUUCGUUGUCUUGGGUAUGGCCACCGCAGCAUGCGGUGCGGCUGGAUGGCUCGUGGGUCCUUUCGUUGGAAACGGUGUUUGGGGGUUGGUUAACAGGAAAUACAAGACCUCGGUCAUGGUGAAAGAAAAGGAGUUCUAUGACAGAAUCAAGCGAUUCCGGGUGGACCCUUCGUCUAACUCGAUUGCGAACCCGGUCCCCGAUUACUACGGCGAGAAGAUUGGCAGCGUUCAGGGAUACAGACAAUGGCUCAAGGACCAAAGGGCGUACAACCGAAAGAGACGCAACUUUAUUGCCUAAACGGUAUCACCUCCUGAAUCAGCAUGAUGGUUGGCAAAUAUUGAAGUUGGAAACCAGGCUUUAUUGGCAUAUUUCGUAUAUCUUUCUGCCUUACUGGUUUCUACUUUAUUUUCCUGGGGCCCUUGUUGGCCUGACACUCUCUGUACCAGAUAUUUCUCUUGUCUUCUAAAUGAAUGUUUUUAAGCGAUCAUAAUGGUCUACCGUUUAACUUCACUUCCUGGGCGCUUAGCAUAGUUAGCACAGCAGGACGAUAGUGCUGUCUAUGGCCUAUCAGGUAAUGAGUGCUGCUGUCCAUAAAAACCACCUAUCCCCAAACCGACAAUCCCGUGUAACCGAGCACAAUGGCAUUGUCGAGCAUAGAGUGUAGGACGACGUUUCACCAUUGCAUAAAUCCGCCGACAAUAGCUA